CGCUCCCGUCCGCGCUGAGUCACGGAAUCCCCGAGCCCCGGAGCCACCCGGCCCCGAGCGCCGGAGCCACCGCCGGGACACUUUGGGGGGUCCCGGGGGUCCCCACCGGGCACAGCCAAGCUCUGAAGGACCCCAAACCUUCACCUGGGAGGAGCCGAUGCGAUGGAGGGAGCUCAGCCCCACCUGAGCGCAGACCUGACGACCCCGUACCUGAGGAAGGCUCCCACCCCCCCUGGCCAUGAGGACGCCGACACCGCCAUCAUCGCAGUGGUGAUCACGCUGGUGUUCCUCACGCUGCUGGCGGUGCUGGUGGUGAUCGGGAUUUACCUGUACCGGAACCAGGGCUCGUACCGCACCUACGAGCAGCCCGAGCCCGACACGGCCCCGCGGGACGAGGCUCCGCCCAAGGACAAGGAGGAAUAUUUUAUCUAAGGACACCCCUGGCAUCCACACGGGUCCCGAAAUUCCCUGCACGUGGGGGUUUAUGUAAAUUUUCAGGACGCAACCUGAAUUUCCUGACAUCGGGGAUCUGCCCGAAUGUCCCGGAGUUGAGGAUCUGCCAAAAUUUCUUGGAGGUGGAGGAUCUUCCCAAGCUGGGAAUCUGCUUAAAUUCUCUGCAGCUGGGGUUCUGCCUGAAUUUCCUGGCAUUGGUGUUCUGGAUUCCAUGGAUUUGGGGAUCUAAAUUGGAAACCUGCCUGAAUUCCCUGGGUUGGGGUUCUGGAUUCCCUGGAUUUGGGGAUCUAAAUUGGAAAGCUGCCUGAAUUCCCUGGGGUUGAGGUUCUGCCUGAAUUCCUUGGAGCUGGGAUAUGCCUGAAUCUCCUGGAGCUUCUGAUCUACCUGAAUUCCCUGAGCUGGGGUUCUGCCUAAAGUUGAGGAUCUACAGGUUGAUUUUCUUUGGUUUGGGCUUUUUUUUCCCCUUUAAUUUAUGAAGCCAAGCAUGGAAGGAAUAUGUGGGUGCCCGAGGGCAGGAAAAAACCUAAAUACCCUCCAAAAAAAUAAUAACUGCAAAAGAGGAAGUUCCCAACCCAGCAGGAAAAAGGAAAGAAGUGAGGAAACCCUCAGCUGGCAGCAGCCAAAGGGGUUCUCAGAGGCCCAACAGAAAUCUGUUAGUUCAUUUAAAUUUUCAAAAUAAUCUUUAUUUUUGGUUUUUAGUAUAAAAACUCCACAAGUUCAGUGCAGCACAGAGAGUCCGAGAGCCAAGCUCGGGAACAGUCAGGGAUGGUCACACACACAGAGGACACAGAUUGAGAUUAAAGUGAAAUAUUAAAAUAAAA